AUGCGUCUACAGAACGGCACCCGUUUUCAGAGCAGAUAUUUUGUGGAAAAUUCACGGUUCUUUACAGUCUUUGCGAAUGCCAAACGCGCAUUCGCCCUUCUCCUUAUCGCGUUCCUCGCAUGGAACGCGCAACCCACCGAGGCAAUCAUCGGAGCGGUUGAAAAUGGCUUAGUCGCCUAUUGGUCCUUCGACAAAGACACAGUAAAAAUUAAAACUGAGGCGGUAGAUCUCUUGUCAGGACUCGCGGCAGCUGUCCACGGGGAUCCCGAACUCGCACCCGCCUCCGAUUGUAAAGUCGGUGAGUGCAUUCUUUUUGAUGGCAGUGUUGACCGCUUUCUCGUUGAAGAUUCAAACCCACCCAAAAUCGACCGUGAUUGGGAGGAAAUCACCCUGGAAUGUUGGGUCUAUAUUAACGCCUUGGAUGACAGUUGGAACCGGAUUAUCUCACUUGACGAUAUGCCAACGAACAGCGCAGUCGUAAGCCUCUAUUACGAUGAUGACGAUAACCAGCACGGUUUCUUCAUUAGAGCGGGUGGUCAAUCAACGGUGGCAGCACAAGACAAUGUACUGGAGGAUAUUCCACUUGAAGAGUGGCUGCACCUCACCGGCACCUACGAUGGCAACAUGGUUCACUACUAUGUGAAUGGAAAACUCGAAAAAAAGUAUGCCAUGAAGGGCGGUAAAAUCCCAAAGGGAGGGCUCCUCCUCGGCAUCGGGGAUCGGUCAGAUGGAUGCGAUUGCGAUACAAUUCAGGGAUAUAUCGACGAAUUCCGAAUUUACGAUCGCGUUCUAAGUGCAGCAGAAGUCCAGAACAACAUGGAAGCCACAGGGCUUGAUGUCAGUCCUUCUGCAAGCCACCUGAGCGUUACAUGGGGACAUAUCAAAGCCAGACGGAGAUAA